GCGAUUCUGCCAGUUGCCUUUGCGACAGAAGCACUGCCGCAGGCUGUGGAAUCUGUCCUUUCGGACAGCAGUGAGCAGGUCAUGGAGCCUUGCAUGCUCCAAGCUGUCGUUGGCCACAACCAUGCCCGCAUCGGGACCAGAUCUGUUGGAAUUGAAAGCAAGUGGUUUUACCACAUGCAUGAUGCCGGAUUGUCGAGACACCAAGGCUUCUUGCCGCACAAGUUGCAGCAGCAGGCGACAUCCCUUUGCUUCAAGCUUCCUGCUCCUCAUGCUUUGCUUCUAGCCUCCGGCCGCUGGGCUGAGUACUGCUUGCCUGUUGUGCGAUCAGGUCGGUCUCGCAGCUUUUCUGCAGGCGCGGCACUUCUCCAAGCUCUGCCACUGCCACCCCAGCCUGCUGCUGGGCAACCGGAGGAGAAUGCAUUUGCAGUGCCACACGUUGAUGUGUCCUAUCUGUCUCAGCUCGCCCGGUCCGCGCGUCGCCUUUUGAAUAGCGAGAGACAGAUGAGUGCUUCGGAGCUUGCGGAGGCCCGGCAACACGUGCGGAGUUUGUUGGCUUGGCGUGAGUCCUUGCUUGUCGAAGAGUCACGCAUGUCCCAGCGUGUUUACUCCAUGCAAACCUUGGUUGAAGCUGUCCUAGUGAGUUCGCGACUGCGCAGCGUUGUGGACUUGGGGGAUGUUUUACGCCAUGGGAUCAGGCUAGUUUUCAGGGAGGAGGGUAUCUGCCGCUAUUUCCUGUCGAUGCUUGAACACAAGUACGCCGUGCCUAAAAAGUCCUUUCUCACGAAACACAGACUCACUGUCAUCAUCGCAUACGUGAGGGCUUUAGCAGAAGAGGUUGAUGAGUUGUUGGACAGCAACCGAACCCGCACCGGUGAAUCCAUCGUACGGUGGUCCACGAUGGACAGCUCUCCACAGAAAGGGUUCGAGUGGGUCAUGCAGGGGCAUCGGUGCAUGGCUGUGUCAGAGCUGCCAGCUGCGGUAGGCAAGGCGGACUUGCUAAUCCAUGGUUCCCUUGACCCGAGCACAGAGCAGCACUGCCGACAGUUCCUUGCCGCGCGUCUCUUGAUGCGUCCUUGCUUGCCUGCUGCAAUAGGUUCCGCACGCGCGAGUGUGGGCCACAAAAUCCGUGCAGCCGCACACGCAGAGCGUGCUGCCUGCAAUUCAUGGCAGCAGAGCGCUCAUCUCAUGAACAGCACAUUCACAAGGACAGGUGAUUUGGGGGCUGAGGCUCACGUAGUAGGAUGGUCAGGCAAGCUAACCGAUCUCUGUGGCGAUUGGAUCAACAAGGAGGAACGUGAGUCUGAGCCACAGUUUGAGCUCGAGCCUUUUGAUUUUAUGAGCACGGAUGGAGGCUCUUCAAGCCGAGCCGAGCCAACAGCAGAGGGCGAUGAGGACGCUUUUCAGUUCCACUCUGACAUGGUUCAAACACGUGCCGAUGUAGCUGCAGUUGUAGGCCCCAGCCUGCAUCUUGAUUUCAGUCCGCAAAUUUAUAUUGCAGGGCUGCUGCACAUAGCCCACAAUAUCUCCAAAGACUUGCACCAAGCGCUUGACCAUUGGCCUGUUUUUGUAGAGCAGCUGACUCAGGUCUGCAAACUGCUUUCCCUUCGGAUUUCCCGCCAACGUCUCCUCGAGACUUGUUUUGCAGAGCCUCCCUGGUCAGCAUUCCAGGCUCGCUUUGAGAGUUUCAACGCUCAAGUGUAUGGGGGCCGCUGGAACACAGCGAUGGAGGCUGUGGAGGACUUGCUUCCAUUGAUCCAGAUCUUGCGUCGUGCCUGGUCUGCCAGCAAAUUUGGUGUCAAGGGACCAGACCGGGACGGUGAAGAGCCGGACGGUGACAAGUCUCGCGUGCUGUCUUUGCAUGUGGUGGAUGAAGCGCUGAGGUCCAGCAUGUUUCUUGCAUACCUACAUGCCAUGCACAGAGUCGCGGAGUGCCUCUCUCACAUUUCGCAUUGGGCAGAGAGUUGUCCUUGCGCAAGCCACAGUUCCGACAAAGCUGCGCAAACUUGCCCCUUGAGGAGCUCAAGGGCCCCGGAGCUGGCUGCAGGUGCCCUGCCCCUUCUUGUGAAGAGCAGCUUCGAAGUCGCGCACGGCCACUUGCUGGCCCUAGAGGAGACCUCGCGCCUCACAGCAACAGAGCUGCGGACACUGGUCAGUGAUUGGACAGCAGCUAAGAGGCAUGUUUUGUUGCUUGUGCAGUUGAAGCUUUCCCAUUGGCAGCAGCUUCCUUACAUUGCCUUCGGUAUGGGGCACCAUUGUCCUGACACCCGUCGCAAAGCAGCUGCGCAGACGCUCCGUCUGUAUGAUGCAGCGAAGCAGAAUUCAGAAAAACCUCAGCUACACCCGCUGUGUGAGAUACUCUGUGCCGCGCACUCCGCUUGCCGCCGCGACGUGGAAAGACUGGCUUCUGGCGUGACUGCCUGGAACCAACUCCCGACGCUGAAGGUUUGGGCAGGCAAGUUUAAGUUCACGCCUGUUGCGGAACGCUGGGUCGAAGGGCUCCAUGCGGCCACCAAGAGAUCUGUGCGUGCAGCUCCGCACGCAGGCCCAGCACACAUUGCUUUUGAGUUCAUGUCCCCCCAUUUGCGGAUAUGGUUGCGGGAGUCUCCAGAACGGCUUGCACUGCUUGCUAAGCAUUGCCGCUGUACAGCCCACCCUCUCAAGAUGUGUGAUGCAGCCGGGCUCAAGCACCAUCCUGGCAUUGAAGCUCUCCUAGUGCUUUCUUCUUCUGGUAAGAAGAAGAUCCUGCCGCCAAAAGCCAGAAAGCAGGUGGUAUCGAUACUUUUCCAUUGUGACCCUGCGUCCCACUUCCGUGCUCUGCCGCCGGAAUUGCUUUCAACGGAGAGAGCGGCCUUACCGACGAUGGGCCCUGCAUGCAUCUUGUCGCAAGGCGCAGUUCCCGAGCAGUGGAAGCAAUGCUGGAGCAAGUAUGCACUCCAGCACCUGAGAGCAUGCAUCACUGACACUGCCAUGGAACUGACAGGAAGUUCUGGCAAAGCAUCCAGCAUUUACUCCGUUCAUAAUGCAACAUCCCCAAUUCCACUGUCCAGGUACACUUGCACGGCCUGUCCGCAACUUGAGCAGGACAACAGCCCAGAGUUUCAGUUUGUCUCCCAGUCUGUAGACUUUGCCGCAGCACAAGAAGCACGCUCCGAUCGUCUCUCCCCCGGCCUUCCUCAGGAAUGGCUUUUCUUCCGACUAGCGCACUCCAAUCCAGGCCGCGUCGUGUACGUGCCUGGCACGGCCCCAUUACAAGGGGAAGGCCAGCUGAUCAUUGAGCAACUUCCGCUCUUGCACCUGUCACAUGCCAAGAGCAAGGCUUCGGUUGCUGUGGAAGGCCAGGACCAGGACACGGCGUUGUUUGUGCUUUCAGCGGUGGCAUGUACGCCUGAAGACUUGCUCGGCAUUCAUCAGUGGCAAACCGACGAAGCUCUCCAGAUCAAUCUGGAGGCUACUUUCCUUGCAUCUGUAGGUCUAGCUGAUCGAGAGGUGUUGCAAACUCUGCUGCAGAGAGUCGUCGCCCAAGAUGCUUUUGCGUUCAAGGACAGAGGCAGAAGUAUCAGUCUUGAACAUGACGACGCAGGAUUUGACUCCGAAGCCAAUCGACCCCUAGUCAUCGCGCGACAGAUGGCUGCAAUGGGUGUCUUCACCUGCCUUUCUGCAGGUGCAGAGUCCAGUGAGUGGCAGCUGACACGAGCUGGCUUGGAGUCUCUGAGCCUGAGCUUCAAGCUGCACGAUCCCAAACCUGUGAUAGUAGCCCCAGCAGCAGAUACCGUGACGAUCAGGUCUGCAAGCGAGAUGGCAACAGUUCAAAUUUUGUUGUUUUUGCAGAAUCAGGGGUGGGAAUUUUCGGUCCGAUGCAAGGGCGACAAACCUCGCUGCCCUGCUCCGUACCGAUUCAGCACAGAAGACUCCCCGAAAGUUUGCUGGUUACAUCACACCCAGAAGUCGCUUUGCCAUGAGUACCUGGUGGCAUUAGCUACUGCAGCCGAGCAUCUCAAGGAGGUGCCUUACUUUCAGACCAAGGCUUUCUACGCUUCUCUUUUGUUUGGUGGAGAAGAGGGCCACCAGAGCUCCAGAAAAUCAUCCAAGCGCAAACGUGCAGGUCGCAACGCAGAGGGGUUUGCAUUUCAGGAAAUGUAUAAUGCUUCCAUGCCAGACCAGGUUCAGUCUGCCCAGGCAGCUCCGAAGCGGAAAGCCGCUGCUGCUCGCGGAGGCAAGCAAAGAGGGAGGGGGCGGAAAAGUCAAUCACGAGGUCCUGAGGCUGCAGACCCACCUGCAGAGGUGCAGGACACAGAGGAAGCAGAUGACGAUCCUGUUGUGAAUUUCGAGGACGUCAGUAUUUCCUCGGAUUCUUUUGGUGACAUGCAGGCUUUCCUGCAGUCCGAUGGCGUUUUGGACGGGCCGCACUCCUUCAUCCUCCACAAGGCGCUUCCAGAGAUUGCUUCCUGCCGUCGUGAUCCGGAAGCGCUUGACAAUAGCCGCCAAGUGCUUGAGAACAACCCGGGCAGGGCUGUGGACAGAGGUGAGGCAGUGACCAAGACCCAGAUGGCAGAUGACGUACCCAGGGCGACCAAGGUGACCUUGCUACCGCGGACAGGGAUGAGUUUACCCACGGCUAUGCCAAAAUCGAAGGUCAAGGGAUCCGUGGGACCCAUGCCAAAGUCGAAACCCAAGGGAUCCGUGGGACAGAUGCUGGACAGGCGACAGCAUGAGCAGCAGGUCUGCGACGAAGCUUUGCCUGUGAAGGCGAAGAACAGACCUGGCAAGAAAGAACGGGAGCGGAAGAGGAAGCAGAUGAGCUCCGAUGGCUCAGAAGGUUCUUGGACUCCAGUGUCCUUUGCAUCCGCCAGCAAGCGGCCUUGCUCGAGUUCGGGUCCACGGCCUUGGGAGCUGUCGCAGAUCGGCAGCAUGCUCCCGAAGACAGCGAAGACUCCUGGCUUCAAAGUGAAAAGGGAGUUCACUUAUGACCCCAAGAGCGGCAAUGUAUGCCACUUUGCGGAAAGUUUCGACACACGGUGA